AUGAAACGUGGAUCAGGUUUGGAAGCGAAUGAUAGAAUUAAAUGGACUGUGACUGAUAGGGCAUUUAAUUCAAGAAUUCAAAGCGGAACAAUUAUUAAUAUGAGUCACAUAGAUGUUAAUUUAUUCUUAGAUGAUGCCUUUUCAAUUUAUGAAGAUCAAGUUAAAGCCUGUUUAAAUAGGUUAGGUUGCUUAAAAGUUUAUACAGUUUUGGUAGCUAAAUUUAAAAAGACUUUAGCUGAUGGAACAAGUAUUUUAGAUUUGAAAUCAUUUAUUGCAAAAACAGGCGAGAUUUUCCCUGCAACAGAUUUAAAUAACUUUUAUAAUGAAAAUGUUAAGCAAAUAACCCUCAAACUUAUGGAAGAAUUUCAGGAGAAAGAAUCAAAUUGGCAACUUCACUCUAUUCUCAGAUUAGAUGUGAACUUUAACAAAUACAACCCUAUGCGUGUUGGUUGUUUCAUUAAACUGCCACUUGCCACUGAACGAAAAAAAGCCUGUAUAAAUGUCCGAAAAGAAGGUAUUACAUUUCCUGUAACAUUUAAGGAUAUCCGAAAAUUUGAAUCUCAAAAUGAUGUUUCAGUAAAUGUUUAUGGUUUACAAAAGCAUAAAUCAAAAUUUACUGUAAUACCAUUAUAUCUCUCAUCUAGUAAGAAAGUCUCACAUGUGAAUCUUUUACGCAUUGAGGAAGAUUAUGAUGAAUGUGAGGAGGAAGAUUGUGUUGAAAAAUCAAACACUACCACCUCAUUCACUUAUCAUUUCGUUUGGAUAAAAAAUUUAUCCAGGCUUUGUUAUGAUGACACUUUAUCAGUAUACAAAGCAUCCCCUAUUAAUGAAGAAGAUGCAGCAAAAUGGUUUGCUCGUGAAUUAAAACAAGUGGCAGAGGAUGUUGAGCCUGUUUUUAUAACUAACGUUCCGAUGGAAGUCUUAAAUGCAACUCAAAAAGCAGCAUUCAAAAAUACUAAUGUUUGUCACAUCUGCAGAAAAAUUAUCACGCAUGGGGGUGUUAAGGUUAGAGAUCACUGUCAUAUAACUGGUAAAUAUAGAGGAGUCGCUCAUCAGGAUUGCAAUCUGAAAUAUCAGGUUUCAAAAACUAUUCCUGUGGUUUUCCAUAACUUGAGUGGAUAUGAUGCACAUUUCAUUAUAAAAGCUAUCGCGACUGAGUUUGAGGGUAAUGUUAGCCUCCUUCCAAUUAAUAAAGAAAAAUAUAUAAGUUUUACUAAACACGUUGCAGCAAAUGAUAUCAAAUUUAAAUUUAUAGAUUCAUUUAGAUUCAUGGCAUCAUCUUUGGAUAAAUUAGCAUCUUAUUUGACGAAUUAUAAUAUUGUAAAUUCUGAAUUUCAAGCCUAUGAUAUGGAUAAAAUUCAGUUACUAACCCGUAAAGGAAUUUUUCCAUAUGAGUACUUGGAUUGUAGAUUAAAACUUAAUGAGGAACAACUACCGCCAAUAGAGAAAUUUUACAGUACCUUAAAUGAUUCAAAUAUAAGUAAUGAAGAUUAUCUACAUGCACAAGAGGUUUGGUCUGCAUUUAAUUGCAAAAAUAUCGGUGAUUAUGUAUAUUUAUACAUGAAAACAGACAUUUUAUUACUUGCAGAUGUUUUUGAAAAUUUUAGAGACCAAUGUCUUGAUGCAUAUGGUUUAGAUCCAGCUCACUAUUAUACAACUCCUGGAUUGAGUUGGGAUGCUAUGCUAAAGUAUACAAAUGUUGAGUUGGAACUUCUUACAGAUAUUGACAUGAUCAUGUUUAUUGAACGUGGCAUUAGGGGUGGGAUUAGCCAAUGUUCAAAUAGAUAUGCUCAUGCUAAUAAUCAUUAUAUGAAGAAUUAUAAUGAAAAGGAAGAAUCAUCUUACAUUGUGUACUUGGACGCUAAUAACCUUUAUGGAUGGGCUAUGGUACAAGCACUUCCCUACGGUGGUUUUGAGUGGGUAAAAAAUAUAGAUAAUACAUUUAACUUUAACAUCCCUGAUGAUUCACCUUUUGGUUACAUAUUAGAAGUGGAUUUAGAUUACCCUCAUGAAUUGCAUAACAGUCAUAGUGACUUACCAUUUUGUCCUGAACACUCAAAGCCACCUGGAUCAAAACAAUCGAAGCUGUUAACUACUCUCUUACCGAAACAAAAGUAUAUAAUCCAUUAUCGUGCACUUAAACAAGCAUUAGCACAUGGUAUUAAACUUAAUCAUAUACAUCGAAUUUUAAAAUUUAAACAGUCCACUUGGUUAAAAAGUUAUAUUGAUUUUAAUACUAUGAUGCGAACAAAUGCUCAAAAUGAGUUUGAAAAAAAUUUGUUCAAACUUAUGAAUAAUGCUGUUUAUGGCAAGACUAUGGAAAAUGUACGAAAGCAUGUAGAUGUCAAGCUUGUGACAAAGUGGGAGGGUAGGUACGGUGCCGAGGCUCUUAUUUCAAAACCAAACUUCCACACAAGAGCUAUCUUUAAUGAUAACUUGAUUGCUGUGGAACUCACAAAAACGGAAGUGUACAUGAAUAAGCCAAUCUAUAUUGGACUUAGCGUUUUAGAUAUUUCUAAAACAUUAAUGUAUGAUUUUCAUUAUAAUUAUAUGAAAAUCAAGUACGGUAAUAAUUGUAAAUUACUCUACACUGAUACCGAUAGCCUUGUGUAUAAAAUUAAAUGUGCAGAUAUCUACUCUGAUAUGAAGGUAGAUAUUUGCAAAUUUGAUACAUCAGAUUACCCAGCUAAUAAUGUAUAUGGCAUUCCGCAAGCUAACAAAAAAGUCUUGGGUCUCAUGAAAGAUGAGUGCAGUGGGAAAAUUGUAACAGAAUUUGUUGGAUUGCGGAGUAAAAUGUACAGUCUUCGCGUUGAAGGUCAAGAUUUUAUAAAAAAAGUUAAAGGUAUCAAGACGGCAGUUGUGAAAAAAACUAUUACUUUCAAUGAUUAUCUAUUCUGCUUAAAAAACGUUCAAAUUCAAUCUAGAACACAGUAUUGUAUUAGAUCAAAAUUGCAUAAUGUACACACAUUAAAACAAACCAAAACAGCUUUAAGUCCAUUUGAUGAUAAGAGAUAUUUAUUAAAAAAUAGUACAGACACUCUCGCUUGGGGACAUUGCAAUAUUGUAAACCAUGAUGAUGAUGAUGAUGUAGAAAUGUUACAAGUCUGA